AUGGUACCUUUGGUGUCUUUCCUCGCAGCGCUUAGGAUUUUAACUGAAGCUCAAAGUUGUAAUAAUGGGCUGGGAAAGCUGGUGUAUGAAAAAAUAGCCGACUACAAGCUCAGUGCGGGUUUCGGUGGAGGAAGGCAGAGGGUGGAACUGAUCACCCGAGCCGACCAGCCGAUCAAAGUGCUAGAAGAGUGCGUGAGGCGAUGCCAAGAAGACCGCACCACGGCGGUGGCCCAAUGCCUCUCUUUCGACUUCAUGCCCGGGAGACGCAGGCCAGCGCCCGUUGCAGGGGGAGGAACACCACAGCCGGGUCCAGUCGAAUUUGAGGAGUCCGUCUGCUACCUGUACUACGACCGAGCGUCUCCCGACGGCGGGGAGACGCUAGUACGACAGAACAACGCGUGGCACUUCAACGAAGUCUGCGUCAGCUCUCCGAAGGUGACGUCGGAUUGCUCGAGCCGUUUAUACGUGUUCGACCGCACGCCAGGGUACCGAUUGGAGGGAAACGGCGACAAGGAACUGUUCGCGUCCAACCGUACCGAGUGCGAGGACAAGUGCCUCGGUGAACUGGGUCUGGUAUGCCGCUCUGCCACAUUCGACAGGGCGGCCCAGAGGUGCAGGCUCAGCCCCGAGACCAAGUACAUGAACCCGCAGGGAUUCAAGGCGGACGCCAACUCCGAGUACUUUGAAAAUCUCUGCUUGCCAAACAACGUGCUGAACAACGCAACGUUCGAGUGCUACCGUCGCAAACGCCUGGACGGUUCUCACCAGGUGGAGGUGAAGGCGUACUCGUUCCAGGAGUGCCUGGACGAGUGCAUGCGUCGAUACGGGAAGGACUGUCGUUCCGUCGAAUAUUCUUCCCGCUACCAAUCGUGCAGGUUCAGUUCCUACGAAGGAUCCUCCCGGCCAAACCUCAUUGACGACGACUAUUACGACUUUUACGAGUUCAAGUGGUAUCGCAGUGCGGGGCACGCGGGCGCUCCCGGCUUCGGUGGUCCAAGCAGCGGAGGUCACAUCGGAGGCCAUGUCGGAGGCCAUGUCGGAGGUCAUGUCGGAGGUCAUGUCGGAGGCCAUGUCGGAGGCUUUCCAGGAGCACCACCGCCGAGCUUCGGUGGUCCCGGUGGUGCUCCAGGAAGCUACCCAGCCGGUGGAUGGCAUGGAGUUCACGGCUCGCACCGAGGUUAUCCUCCAACCCAUCACGACGGAGGCUACGACCCGGGAUACCCUCACAGUCGAUGGCCACCGAGCGGAGGCUACCUUCCUGGACGUGGUGCCACCGGCGUUGUAGGAGGAACUUCAGCUGGUGGUUACGGAAGUGGCGCCGGAGGAGGAUACGGUUCCGGAUCAUACGGAGGGUAUGGCUCAGGAGGCGGCGGAUACGGUGCACCCUGGAGCUCAACGAGUGGGGGUUACGGCGGCUCGUCCGCAGCAGGAGGAUUCUCAGGCGGAGGCUACGGCGCCACAGGCGGAAGUGGCUACGGCGCAGGAGGAGGGGCUGGCUACGGUGGUGGUACUCACCACGGGGGAAGCCAUGGUGGGAGUUUCGUACCUCCUCCAGCGCCCCCACCACACGCGCAUCAAGCUUUGCCACCUGUCGUGGGAGCUGGAAGUCCCCCCUUCGGUGGGCCACCAUUGCCUCCGGGACUGGCUGACAAGUGCAAGUUCUCGUCCGCCGUCUUUCGGAGGGUUGGUUACGGCACGAGGCUCAAGAGCUUUUAUGUGAGGCGGGUGGCCAGGACAGAGAGGCUGGAGGAAUGCGAGCAAGCAUGCUCCGAGGCCAGGGACAUACAGUGCAAGUCCUUCAACUUCCGCGCAUUCUUUCCGGACAACUGCGAGCUGAGCGACUACGACUCUCGUCAACUUCAGCUGGGCAAUCCUUCCCACUUCGAUCAAAGCACGCAGUUUGACUAUUACGAGAGGGACGACCUAGGACAUGGACCCGGAGGAGGAGACUGUUUAGACGUGAGUCAGACGUGCACUCCUGACGGCAUGGAGUUCAGCCUUCGCACGGUGGACGGAUUCUACGGCCGCAUUUACACGUACGGCUUCUACGACUCUUGCUUCUACGACGGCAACGGUGGCAGUGUCAAUGUCCUCCGAAUAAGCCGUGCUAACGGCUUUCCACGCUGUGGCACUCAACAGUACGGAGACGCCAUGACCAACAUCGUGGUGGUGCAGUUCAACGAUUAUGUGCAGACCAGCAGGGACAAGAAGUACAACCUCACUUGCUACUUCUCAGGUCCCGGAGAAGCCGUGGUCACGUCCAACUACUUGGACACGAGGACCGAUGGGCGGUAUCCGACCCAAAUCGAGCAUCUCCCGGCUCAGAACAUACUCACGUCCAACGUGCAGCUGCGAAUCCUCUACAGGGGGACACCCACUACCACCAUCGCCGUCGGGGAUCUAUUGACGUUCAGGCUCGAAGCGAGAGGGAAGUAUCAAUUCGACUUCUACAGCGAUAUAUUUGCCACGAACGUGAUCGCUAAGGACCCGUACUCCGGCAGACAAGUACACCUCAUCGACUCCAGGGGAUGCCCUGUUGACCUGUACGUCUUCCCGGAACUUCACAAGGCCCCGGACGGCGCUCUGGAGGCAGAAUUCUACGCUUUCAAGAUACCAGACUCCAAUCUGCUCGUUUUCCAAGCAACUGUUCGGACGUGCAGAGGUCCCUGCGAACCUGUAAUAUGCAGCGACCGCGGUCGCCCCGGCACGUUCCCGUCAUGGGGCCGCCGCAAGCGCGCAGUGGAUGCCGCUUCGCCCGCUGCUCUGACGCAGCUCAACGGAACCGUCGCAGCGAGUUCCACGACGAUGACUAACGUCAAAAAUUCCACCAGCGGCAACAGUACCGAAGAAGAAGCGGAGGAAGUCCGUGAACUCCUUCACGUCUACCUGUCCAGGGCGGACAUACCUCUGGAUACUCCUUCAGCAUUGUACAAGAAGCCGACGGUUUGCGUGGCACAGUCCGGCUACUAUGCUUUGGUCUCCAUGCUGGCCCUUCUGCUAUGUGCCGUCGUGGGAAUUGCUAUGGGAUCUACGUUCCUAAUCCGCAAGGCCAAGUUGCAGAUGAAGAACGCCCAAGCGGACUUUUCGUCCCAGCCUCCGAACAACUUGUACGUCUCCCAGUUCCAAGGCGGUGGCGUCGGCCAUCAUCCGGGUUCCAAGUUCGAAGAUCCCAGCGAACCCAUCUACACGGACCCGUCCUUGUUCGAACGAUCUCGAUCCCUGCGUAGUCUCACCGUCUCCAAUCUGGGGAAACACAAAGCAGACUUUGACUGAAUCUCUCGCGGACGGAAAAAAAUCGUGUUGGACUACCAUGAAGGAUCAUCGACAAGGUGGAUUCGUGUAUAGCGCUUUAUUGCUUAUCUGAAAAGCAUUAUCUGCUCGAGGGGAGGCUGCAACGACUUCUUCAUCGUGGAAGAUGAUGUUCACUUUGCUGAUGGGGUUAAAGCAACUGAGAGCAGUUCUGGAAUUUCACUAACGUCAUGUCGUAAACUGCAAAAAAAAAAAAAAGAAAAGAAAAGGAAAGUACUCCGAGGCUAUUGGCACGACGGCUAUUCCGGAUUCUUUUCUCAGAGCUGUCCGUGUCUUUUACAUAUACCUUAUCGAGCAGCGAGAAAAUGUGAACGUAAUACAACCACCUUCACCCAAACAUCGCUGACACAUAUGUGUACAAGGGAAGUGCUUUAGGACGAGAGCAGCCGACAUUUCGAACAAAGACUGUUCUUCUUCUGCCCAGAAGAAAACUUGUCCAAGUUCGAAAUAUCUCGCUC